CGACGGCCGUGGGGCGGCGCGGCGUGGCGACCUCGACGGCGACGGAGGAGUACAUGCGCCGCAACUACGCCAACAAUGUCUCCGAGUACAACACCGUCAUCGGCUCCCUCGUCCAGCAGCGCAGGCCCUACCUGCUCCGUGACGCCUACGAGGACAUGCUACUCGACGGGGUGCAGCCUGUGCGGGACACGUUCCACAACCUCAUUGUUGGCACCAUGAAAGGCAGCCGGCUACAAGACGCUUUCUACUUCCGUGAUCAGAUGAGGGAAAUGGGCUUGCAGCCUGAUGUUAACCUUUACAACUUCUUGAUCUCUACUUGCGGGAAGUGCAAGAACUCAGAUGCAGCGAUCAUGCUUUUAGAAGAAAUGAAAGCGCAUGGAGUUAAGUUGAAAGGGGAAACCUACAUUUGUCUUCUCAAUGCACUUGCUGCAACUGGGCGUACUGAUCAAGUUUAUGCUAUAGUUAAUGAUAUGACUGCUGCUGGACUUGGAUUAAACAAGUAUUGUUAUGCUGGACUAAUAACUGCAUUCAAGAACAAGACACCGGCCAGUGAGGAUACUAUGGCGAAAAUUCUUGAGUUUGUACAGCAGUCAAAAGGUUGGCAGUAUGUUGAAAGAAUAGCAAAUGACAGCGCUGAGAAUAUAAUGAUGAAUGUCUCAGAGGAAGAGCUAUACAAUCUGCCGACAGCAGAAUAUGUACACAGACGAGGAUUUGUCCUUAAGCAGCUGACGAUUUAUCAUGUUGCUGUCCAUGCUUGUGCAGACUUGCAGAGCAAAGAGACACUUGAAGCACUUCUUGAAAUGUUCACUAAAGAGGGAUUUACUUAUGAUGCCUUCACUGUGAUGCAUGCUGUAAGGUGUUAUCUUCGAUGUGGAGAUAUUGAUUCUGCUGUUAAGAUGUUCGAAGAGUUCUCAAGCUCAAAACCCACACCAGCGGAGUUGUAUGUGACCCUUGCCGAGGGAGCUAUGAUUGGGCAUACUCCAAGAGGAAUGCAAGUUGCUCAAGAAACCUUGGAGAAAAUGACUUCAAGAAAUUUCUUCUUGAAUCCCAAGAUGGGAACCGAUCUUCUACUUGCAGCCUCUGGUGAAAAGACUGGUGGAUAUACAACUGCAAACUAUGUAUGGGAUCUCCUGCAAACCCGUAAUAUAGUUCCAGCACUUCCUGCUGUUGAAGCAUACCACAGGGGAUUGAAGGACCGAGAAAUUCCUUCAGACGAUCCACGGCUUCUGAACGUCGCCCGUGUUUUGGACAACCUGCAGCUCCGGUUUGGACCAAGGAGAUUUACCCAGAACACACAGCAGUAGUCCCUGAGCCAAUAAUACAAGUUGGAACAUGCUUUUGGUGAGGCUGCUGGCUGCAUCAGUACGCAUACACUCAAGAAAACCAAAUAACUCUUUAGGAUGGCGCAAAGCGAAGGAGGAACCAUCAAGAAUGUGCAUCUUCGGCAACCACAGCUGGAGAGGAAUGGACUGUAUACAACUGGAACAGAAGUGGAUUUUUCUUACAAUGCGGAAGCAUUUUUUUUUUCACUCGCCAUCGCUAAAAUCAUAGUAGUCGAGUUCUGUUUUACAAUCAUCAUUUCAGUCUGUCGCAUGUUAUGUUACCUACCGUUGUCAGAACUUCCUCACAAACUUCGUGGUUUUGAGAUUCUGUAGUGAUUGUAUCCAAAUGUGGCAUUGCUUAGCUGCCACCUGUUAA